GUUCCAGGGCUCAGGAUGCUGUUGCUACGAGCUGUUCUAUUGGUACUGGUCCUGCCCAUUCGCGGCCAGAACUCCGAGACAGAAGGGCCUGGAGUCGUGGUUCCCCUGCCAAAAGGGGCCUGCACAGGUUGGAUGGCAGGCAUUCCAGGGCAUCCCGGCCACAAUGGGACCCCAGGCCGGGAUGGUAGAGAUGGCACCUCGGGUGAAAAGGGUGAGAAAGGAGAUCCAGGUCUUGUUGGUCCUAAGGGUGACACUGGUGAAACGGGAGUAACUGGAAUUGAAGGUCCCCGAGGUUUUCCAGGAAUCCCAGGCAGGAAAGGAGAACCUGGAGAAAGUGCCUACGUAUACCGCUCAGCGUUCAGUGUGGGAUUGGAGAGCCGGGUCACAGUCCCCAAUGUUCCCAUUCGCUUUACCAAAAUCUUCUACAAUCAGCAAAACCACUAUGAUGUUACCACUGGAAAAUUCCACUGCAACAUUCCCGGGCUAUACUACUUCUCCUACCACAUCACAGUCUACUUGAAGGACGUCAAGGUCAGUCUCUACAAGAGAGACAAGGCGAUGCUCUUCACCUACGACCAGUACCAGGAGAAGAAUGUGGACCAGGCCUCUGGCUCUGUGCUCCUCCAUCUGGAGAUGGGCGAUGAAGUCUGGCUCCAGGUGUAUGGGGAUGGGGACUCUAAUGGGCUCUAUGCAGAUAACGUCAAUGACUCCACCUUUACAGGCUUCCUUCUCUACUAUGACACCGUUUGAUCACAACUAACUUAGAACCUCCACUGGGCCAGACAACCAAAAGUGAAAGAACAGUCUACAGUUUCUCAGUGUAGUUAGGAGAUUAAAUUUACUACCUAGUUGGAGGGCUCUGAACAUUAUUCAUUCAUUUACUCAUUCAUUCAUCAAGUCCUUUAAAAAAAUUAUAUACUAUGUUCCUG